AUGAACAUUGCUGUUUUAGUUGUACGCACUUGUGGAGGAUUUUCUUCAUAUAACAGCACUUACUUCACAAACGCAGAUUAUCCUUCACCCAUAACAGCACCUACCACCUGCGUUUUUACUAUAGUAAGAGCCACUCCUACUACUUGCCAGGUGCGAAUUGAUUUUUUGAAUUUCGUACUGGCCCAGCCUAAUGCAACAGGAGUUUGUAAUGCAGAUGCAUUGAUAGUAACAGGUGGUGGCGGAACAGUUCCUGUCAUAUGUGGUGAUAAUACUGGACAGCACAUUUAUGUCGAUUUUUACAAUAGCAACAAUAUUAUACUGACUAUUACAACAAGUGCUGGAGAUCUUAGUAGAAUAUGGAGUUUUCUAGUAACGCAAAUUGCAUGCGAUUGUCCUACUAGAGCUCCUGCUGGUUGCUUGCAAUUUUACAAUACUACAACAGGAACCGUAAACAGCUUUAAUUACGGCGUAGGAAGUAAUGUUAUAGAUUCUACAACAUUAUUACCCGGUACUAGACAGUUGGUAAAUCAAAACUAUGGAAUAUGCGUUAACAUGCUUCCAGGUUACUGUUCGAUACAGUGGUCAUCAAAUGGGUUUAUGGUAAGCGGUAUACCAAAUUUGGGAUUUGAUGCUUUAACAAACGGCGAUUGCUUUACUGAUUUCGUAGUUAUUGCUAAUCCUUCCUACCCAAACGGAACUCCAGUUAAUGCUGAUCGUUUUUGUGGAACAUCGUUUAAUACAGUUACUACUUCUUUAAAACCUUUUGUUCUGUACGUGGUUACUGAUGGAAAUGAGGUAAACGAUGUCGCUAAUACUGGAUUUUCCUUAAGUUUUAUGCAAAUCGCUUGUCCAAAUAAUCUCUUCGGGUAGACCAUGUGUCUCCUAAUAUUAUUUUGGUCAAUGUUCCAUCACCAAACAGGAUACAAGCUGGGAUACUGGAUGAUUCAACUGUACUAUUUUUCUCAAUCUUCAAAAUAAAUACAAUCGAAAAUAAUUCAA